UCUGUGUAUAUGCCCUUGACCCACUGGGAAGGAGGUGUAUAUAAGGCGCGCGCGGAACUGAAGACCGUACACUCGCACUACUGGUGUAGCAAAGAUGAGACCGAUUCUGCUGUUGGUUGUGGUGGCCGUCGCCUCGGCGCAGUUCCCAUUCAACCGAGGUUUCCGCCGCAACCCAUUCCGGCAGCAGCAGCAGUUCCAGUUCAACCGGCCGCCCAACCGCUUCGCCGCUCCCGUCCGCGCUGUUAGCGGAGGCGGAGGCGGAGGCGGAGGUGGUGCUGUCCACGGAAACCAUGGAGGAAGCCAGUACCACUACUCAUGGCGCGUUGACGGAGGACGCAAAUACACUCACGGAGGCGCUGUAGGAUACUGCAGGCAGCUCGGAGGCUCAUGGCAGGCAGUCAGCAUCGAGGACAGAAGCGAGAGCGAUUUCAUCAACCAAGUCAUCGGUCGUGAGAACCAAGCCUACAUCUGGACAAGCGGCACAAAGCGAGGCCGAUCCUGGGUUUGGGGCAAUGGAUCCCCUGUGUCUAACAUCAACUGGUCCCGCACUGGAUUCACCAGGCGCCCACAGCCCGACAACCGCGACGGCAACGAGAACUGCCUGGCCAUCCUCAACAGGUUCUACGAGGGUGACACCAUUACCUGGCACGACGUCGGCUGCGAGCACACUAAACCCGUGGUGUGCGAGUCCCGCUAAAAAGGUUAUCUCCUCACCGCCCUCACACCCUCCCGUUAUCCUCACCGAGACCAUAUUUGGAAAAAAAUCAUGUGAUAUGUAUUUAACCAUGUAAUUAAUUAUGGGGAAUGCACUCAUUGUCAUGAAUUAACUCGACACUGGAACAGCAUAAUUAGUCAACUGUUGAAAGAAACCGACCUCAUUGUCGAUUAUUUUCAAAUUCAAUAUCUUGAUAUUUAUUUAAAUUAUAGACUUAUAGUCUAUUAUAUUAUAUCAUGAUGUAAAAGUUUAUAAUCGAAUAAACAUAUUUUGAUAA